AUGACUCAAAUCUUCCUUACCGGUGCAACGGGCUACAUUGGGGGCGCAGUCCUCCACGCUUUACAGCAUAUGCAUCUAGAUUACGAGGUUGCCGCCUUGAUCAGAGAUGAGGAAAAGGCCAGCAAAGUUUUGGCUGCAUUUCCCAAGGUCCGUGUAGUCCUUGCGGAUUUGGACAAUGUGGAAAUCAUUGAGAAAGAAUCACGCAAAGCCGAUAUUGUCAUCCACGCUGCUAGUAACAAGCAUCUCGAAAGCGUGAAAGCGAUCGCAAAUGGCCUGGCCGGACGUCAGAAUGCCUAUUACAUUCAAGUUACCGGGGCUAGCGUUCUGUCAGGUCCUGAAGUUGAUAACAACUCAUAUGGUGAGCCCUCGGAUCAAAUCGUUGAUGAUUUGGAUAACGCUGCCGAUCUCCGAGACAUAAUUCGGGCGUACAAACAUCGUCGGGUGGUGGAUAACUACAUUCUCGACUUGGGAUCAGGUGGUCCCAAAACCGCCAUUCUUUUCCCUCCUAUCAUAUUUGGCACUGGUAACGGUCCCGUGAAUCAACGCAGCAUCCAGGUUCCCUCAUUGGCCCGGGCCGCUCUGCUGCAACAUGUUGGUCUAUACCUUGGCAGGGGACUAAGUCGAUGGGGCAUUGUUCACAUCGCUGAUCUGGCGGAUCUCUUUGUCAAAUUGGUGGAGCAUGCUGUCAACGCCACCCCCAGUCCUAUCUGGAAUGAGAACGGCCUUUUCUUUGUGGAAAAUGGUUUCGAGGUUAGUUCAUGGCCUAAUAUGUCCCAACUUCUCCGCGCUGACCUUCUUUUUUCCUUUCAGAGCUUCAAAGAUGUCGCUUUGGUGAUCGCCAAAGAGGCGCAUAGCCUCGGUUACAUUGAUUCGCCUGAUUCAGUGCAAUCCAUGAAUCUCGAUGAGGCCAACGUAGUUAUACCUAAUGGAGCUGUGUUCCUGGGUACUAAUGGUCAAGGCCGAGCUUCACGGGCAAGAAAGCUGUUAGGAUGGCAACCAGAUGGCGAGAGCUUCCAUAGCGCCACGCGGGAGACAAUCAUUGCUGAAGCAGCACAGCUGCGAUGA